UGAACAGUUCAGAGAGCGAGGAACACGUCUUGUGUAAAGUCUACAUAUCUAGGUUUUAUUCCGGCAUCUUCUCGACGUUUCCGUCAGAGGGCUAUAUAUUGUCCCGUGAGACGUAAAGCGGAACCCUGUUUGCGGAUUUCGUACGGCCCAAACUGGCAACUUGCAUGUUAUUCAGUGGGAGGCGCUAGUCCGCAGUAGUUUCUGGAAGGAACCUCAUGCUUGCACCAUGGAGAAAGUCUCAGCAUUGAAAGACCAGGGCAACAAGGCACUGAGUGCAGGAAAUAUUGAUGAGGCUGUACGUUGCUACACCGAAGCUGUGGCCCUUGACCCUUCAAACCAUGUCCUGUUCAGUAACCGCUCAGCUGCCUACGCCAAGAAAGGCAACUACGAGAAUGCUCUCCAGGAUGCCUGUCAGACCAUCAAGAUCAAGCCGGACUGGGGCAAGGGCUACUCCCGCAAAGCUGCAGCAUUGGAAUUUCUUGGCCGAUUGGAGGACGCUAAAGGAACUUACCAAGAGGGAAUCCGGCAAGAGCCGAGUAACCAGCAGCUGAAGGAGGGUUUACAGAACAUUGAGUCCCGGCUUGCAGAGAAAUCGAUGAUGAACCCCUUCGCCAUGCCCAACUUGUAUCAGAAGCUGGAGAAUGAUUCUCGGACCCGUGAGCUACUGUCAGACUCCAGCUACAGAGAAUUGCUGGAGCAGCUCAGGAACAAACCGUCGGAGCUUGGCACGAAGCUGCAGGAUCCCCGAGUGAUGACCACUCUAUCUGUGCUGCUGGGACUGAACCUCUCUGAGAUGGAAGAAGAAGAGGACCUCACUCCCCCUCCUCCCCCCAAACCGAAAGAGACUCAGCCGCCUCCCCCUAAAGAGGAAAACCUUCCCGAUAACAAGAAAAAGGCCUUGAAAGAAAAGGAACUUGGGAAUGCUGCAUAUAAGAAUAAGGACUUUGACACAGCGCUGAAACAUUACGAAGAAGCAGUCAAACAUGACCCCACCAACAUGACCUACAUAUCUAAUCAAGCAGCUGUGUUCUUUGAGAAGGGCGAUUAUGAGAAGUGCCGAGAGCUGUGUGACAAGGCCAUUGACGUUGGCAGAGAGAACCGGGAAGACUACAGACAAAUCGCAAAAGCCUUGGCCAGGAUUGGAAACUCAUACUUCAAGCAGGAUAAAUACAAAGAAGCGAUUCAGUAUUUGAACAAGAGUUUGUCGGAGCAUCGUACUCCCGACGUCUUGAAGCGGUGCCAACAGGCAGAGAAGAUAUUGAAGGAGGAGGAGAAAAUAGCGUACAUCAACCCCAACUUGGCCUUGGAAGAGAAGAGCAAGGGCAACGACUCCUUCCAGAAAGGAGACUACCCCAUAGCCAUGAAACAUUACUCGGAGGCCAUCAAGAGAAACCCCAAGGAUGCCAAGCUCUUCAGCAACAGAGCUGCCUGCUACACAAAGCUGUUGGAGUUUCAACUUGCCCUGAAGGAUUGUGAAGAGUGCAUCCGACUUGAGCCCGCCUUCAUAAAAGGCUACACACGUAAAGGAGCUGCCUUGGAGGCCAUGAAAGACUAUACAAAAGCUGUGGACGUGUACCAGAAGGCUCUGGAGCUGGACUCCUCCUCAAAGGAAGCCACAGAAGGCAUUCAGCGCUGUAUGGUCAGUCAGACCAUGAGGAACGACAGUCCUGAGGAAGUGAAGCAGAGGGCCAUGUCUGACCCCGAGGUGCAGCAGAUCAUGAGUGACCCUGCCAUGCGCAUGAUCCUUGAGCAAAUGCAGAAGGACCCUCAGGCGCUGAGCGACCACUUAAAGAAUCCAGUCAUUGCUCAGAAGAUUCAGAAACUCAUUGAUAUCGGACUGAUAGCCAUUCGUUGAUGAGAACCAAGAGGCGUCAAGACAACAGUGGAUCAACGUGCAAAUCCCUCCAAAUAUUACAUCCUACUUUCUUGCCUUCAAAUUCGAAAUGAUAUUGUCGUUCGUCUCCCUGAGACUUUGUGUGUAAUGUUUCUUUUUUUCUUUCUUUCUUUAAAAAAAAAAAAAAAAUCAGUUUCACAACUUUUUCAUUGUAUUUAAGAAAGCAUCUUGUAUGUCAUCUGGAAAACUUCAGGACUCCAGAAAGCAUCCGAAAACAACUGGAUUCAUGUGUACAGAUGCUCAAACAUAGACGGCACAGUUCAGUGCACUAACAUGCCCAAUGUUUAAAGGGGAAAUCCACCCUGAAGCAGAUCACAUAUUCCUAUUGGUUUAAGGAAAUACAACAAAAAGAAACAGGAAUUUCUAUACUCAAAAUAAAGAUUGUAUUGUAGAUCUCAAAUGGAAAUGGUCAACAUUGGUCAUUGUUCUAACUCUUUUGGUCCUCUUCUAGACGGUCAGGCUGAAUCUGUCUGCUGCCACUCAGAUGGAGAUCCAGACUAUUGUAAGCAUGUUGGGCAUCAUUUUGAUCUUAACCAAAAUAUUUGAUAUUUUUGGAGCUUUGUGGUCUUUGGCCUAAUGGAUGAUACUAUUGUGUACAGCUAAUAUAGGGGAAAGCAUGGAGGAUGCAACUUGGACUGGAAGAACACUUCUCAAUGCCAUUUUAAGAGUUAAUAGAUUUCUUUGCCAUAAGUGAUUUAAGGUUGAUUAUUAUCCUUACAUUAAAUCUCUUCAUACAGUAAUUAAGAAAGCAAUGCUAUUGUUUUGAAAUAUACUUAACUACUAAUAUAUAAAAGAAUGUAACAACUUUGAGGCAGAGUUCCUGUGACAGUUGAAGUAUCAGUAAGAUGUCAGAAUGAUCCUGAUGAGUUGACUUGACUCAACAGCCCUCGCAGUGAUUAAACUCUCUUUAUUGUAAUCAA